AUGUUCCGCUUCCACAAACCUCUCGACAUCAUCACCCUCUUCCACAAACCCGCCCUUCCCAGUUCCCUCCGCGCUCUCGCCCUCCUCAAACAGGCCUCUGCCAACGCUGCCGAAACUGCCACCAUCGACCAGGCUUCAGAUCACUCGGCGCAGAACAAGCUCGAACGUCAGCGCCGCGAGCAGUUCGACCUCACCGUCACCGAGGAGCCGCCCACGCCGGAUCAGUUGAAGCUGAUCAUGGACUAUAUGGCGGCGGGGGCGGGCAAUGGCGGAGUGGGCGCGGGGAAGCCGGGGGAUUUGGUGAGCGGGGCGAGGGAUAGGCUGGAUGCGCUGAGAAGGUUGAAGGAGGAUGGAGAGAGGUUUGUGAGGCCAGUCGUUGUUGAUUGGAAUAACGGGAAGGCAGUUCUCGGGACAAACGAGUCUGCCAUUUUGAAGCUGCUGCAGGAUGAACCACCGCAUACACCUGAUGAUACUGCAUGAGGGCAUUUUCAUGCCUCGUUUAUGGGUCUAAUCUACGGUUUUAUUCUAGUUCUCAGUGGAGGGCAAUAUCUGGCGUUAUGGGGGCAUUUAUGUGUAUGACUUGGGAGCCAUUCGUCAGAAGGAUGGUAUAAAAUGACAGUCUCUGUCCAUGGAAUUCUUAUCUAUGUAUGUAUGAGCCUGCUCCGAUGUCUGUAAAUCUGUUUCAAGCAUAGUCUUUCAAUGAAUCUUUGGGCAAUGGGCUUUUUUUUUAACCGAAGGACAUAAGUUUUUAGAAGCCUUUCGCCGCCUCGAAAAGUUUGGAGUUAGGCUUUUCUUUCGGGUCCGAAAUUUUGGCGGUUCCUUGACAAUAUGUAGGGGAGUGGUGAGUGAGCAAAGAGAGGCGGGGACGCAGGCAAUAUUGAAACUUCCUCCUCACAAAACCACCACUUGUCCCGUUACUUACACCGGGUUUGGUGAUACUUCCGCUCCGCAAGACCAGACUGUCACCGCUACAACGGUUGCGAUGACGGACGCCACCACAAAGACCGGAAAUGCCAGGAUGACGGUCAACAGCAUACUUGCCAAGGUCGC